AUGGGAAAAAUGGAAGCCUUCGCAUCGUUCUUUGGAUCUCAAGCAACGUCUCGUGGAAGUUGGACUUACGAUUCCCUCAAGAACUUCCGUCAGAUCUCCCCGUCGUACAAACUCACCUUAAACAGUUCAACCUACCGUAUGGUUCCGACGCAAAUUGAUUUUGAAUGGAUUGGUUGCUCUCUCUUGAUUCAACAUUUUUACGAUUUGCUUUCGGGGAGAUCGGAGAGUGCGGUUUAUCUCUCGCUAUGUUGUGCUUUGAUUGCAUCAGCUGUUGGCGCGUAUUUACAUCUUUUGUGGAACAUCGGUGGCUUCCUUACCACUCUUGGCUGCAUAGGGAGCAUUGUUUGGCUACUUUCCACUCAUCCAUGUGAAGAGCAAAAGAGGGUUGCACUUUUGAUGGCAGCCGCCUUGUUUGAGGGAGCUUCGAUUGGUCCUUUGAUUGACUUGGCUAUUCAAGUUGACCCGAGCAUUUUGGUUAGCGCUUUCGUGGGAUGUGCAGUGGCUUUUGGCUGUUUUUCGGUGGCAGCCAUGUUGGCAAGGCGUAGAGAGUACCUUUACCUAGGAGGUCUUCUUUCCUCCGGUCUUUCCAUCCUGUUCUGGCUGCAGUUUACAUCGUCAGUCUUUGGAGGAUCUGCUGCCCUUUUCAAGUUUGAGUUGUACUUUGGACUUCUGGUUUUCGUGGGCUAUAUUGUGGUGGACACUCAGGAUAUAAUUGAGAGGGCUCACUUUGGCGAUUUGGACUACGUUAAGCAUGCCUUGACGCUUUUCACCGAUUUUGCCGCUGUUUUUGUCCGGAUCCUCGUUAUCAUGCUGAAAAAUGCUGAGAAGCAGGAGAGAAAGAAGAAGAGAAGAGAUUAA